GACACCGGGCAGUCGUGACGCUGCGCGGGCGUUUAUUACGAUCGCACUUUGUUUUAUGUCCAUGUGUUUUAAACUUCCCUAACCGCAAAUAUUACCGCUACUAAUACGCGUGUAUGAUUGUACAGUGCAAGUUAUUUAACUCGAUACACUCAGCCCGCAGUUGCGAUCUAGUGUCAGUGACAUUUCAAAUCCGUUAACUCGGCCGUUUGUGUCUCGGUGAUCUAAACAACAGAUCGUUUCAAAUCUAUCGCGUUGUGUGUUUGCGAUCAGUGAUUUGUGUUCGUGUUGUGUCGAUUAUAUUAUGUUUCAUAUAAUCAUUCCAAUGUGAAGGUCACGCCGUGACCACCAAUGCCAACAACUCAAUAUUCAGUUGCCGCGACCGACGCGACUAAAUAUUUGCGACGACUCUAUCAAACGACUAUAUUAUUUGUUUAUUCAAAUAAACCAGUGUAGGUAUUGAAGCUAUAUAUACCAAGUGACAUGAAAUAUGUGUGAAUAAUGUUAGUAAAUCGAUAUGGAAUACUAACAAACAUACUACAAACCUAUUUUAGUCGUAUCAGGUGAUAUCAUUGCGUUAUAAGCCGAUCGUUUUUACAUCAUUGAAGCAAUGCUAAUGUGAGCUCUAUACCGAAUUGUUUGUUUUGCGAUAAUGAAGAAGGAAAUCUGCGCGCGCACACCAUAAUUAAAGCCGGUAUUUCGUUUCGUUGAAGGUGGCACUUAUUGUAUAUUUGACGUGGUCGUGAUAAAGCACGUUGUAGGUUCUGGUUACGUAUCGGUAAGCCGAUAUGUUUUUGAAUUGUCGGAUGUUAGCGCGGGUGCCGAUACAACGAAGGCGCUCAGGUGUAUUAAGAGUACGAUGCUCGCGUGGAGUCGGGGUUCAGCGGGCGCGGUCAACACCCUGCCUGCAGAGCUGGAACACCUGGACGGUCACAAGAGUGAGGAGACGAGCGACGAUGACUCUAAAGGCGCGUUGCUGGCGAGCGCCGCCGCCGUGGCGAGACGACGACGAGCCGUAAGAAUGAAACGACAACCGAAGAUUGUUAUUAGAGUACUAAGACGCACGAGUGACACUGGCGGAGGCCCGCGAGUGUUGCGCUCUACGCCAGACUGGAGCGAGGCUGCCAUCAGCGGCGAGCAUCUGUGGUCGCCCACGUCGAUGUCAGGAGACUGUUGCUAUGUUGGUGAUCCUGAAUGUCAGAAACACGGUGCGCGGAUGAAAUGCUCCGCGUGCAAGAUAGUUGCACACUCCGCGUGUAUUGACAUCUUGAUGGACCGAGUUCAGUUCACGUGCAAGCCCACCUUCAGAGACGUGGGAGUCCGGCAAUACCGAGAGCAGACCAUCACGCACCAUCACUGGGUCCACCGCCGCUCCGAGAAAGGAAAGUGCAAAGCCUGCAGCAAGUCCUUGCGGCGCGGAUGCUGUGGUUGGUGCAUAUCUUCGAAAGGUUCUGUAGAAAAGGCGGUAGAAGUUAACGAUCAAAAUAUAGGAGAUGCUUCACUUCAAGCGAAAAUAUCGUUUAGCUCGAAAGAGAUUGUUGCGCUAAGUUGCUCUUGGUGUAAGGACGGCUAUCAUAAUAAGGAAAGCUGCUUCAACAUACAAAGGAUAGGAGAAGAAUGCUCUUUAGGUGUUCAAUCUAAUAUAAUUGUGCCACCGUCAUGGAUUGUAAAACUACCAAGAAAAGGGAGUUUCAAGUCGUCGUUAAGAAAGUCGCCAAAGAAGAAGAACGCUGCAAAGAAGAAAGGGAAAGAUUCGAAAGGAGAGCAAAGGCCAUUUGUUAUAAAGCCGCUGCCUACGGCUAACGUCCGACCAGUCCUUGUAUUUAUCAAUCCGAAGAGUGGAGGUAACCAGGGUGUGAAGUUGCUGCAGAAGUUUCAAUGGCUGCUCAAUCCGCGACAAGUUUUCGAUCUUACUCAAGGAGGACCGGGCCCGGGGUUGGAGAUGUUCCGGAAAGUACCAAAUCUCCGCGUGCUGGCGUGCGGAGGUGACGGGACCGUGGGCUGGGUUCUGAGUGUGCUGGAUCGGAUCGGCGCACGUCCAGCAGUGGGUGUUCUGCCGCUGGGCACCGGGAAUGACCUGGCCCGAGCACUGGGAUGGGGAGGGGGCUACGAAGAUGAGCCGAUAUCGAAAAUACUAGCGCACAUAGGAGAAAGUGAUACAGUGCUGUUAGAUCGAUGGCAAUUAACUGUGGAACCGAAUACAGCUGCAUCAGGCGAGGACACCAGCAACGCUAAAGCCGAUCUGCCUUUAAACGUUGUUAACAAUUAUUUUUCUUUCGGCGUCGACGCUCACAUUGCCCUCGAGUUCCACGAGGCUAGGGAAGCGCAUCCGGAGAAAUUUAAUUCACGAAUAAGGAACAAGUUAUUUUACGGUACGGCUGGAGGUAAAGAUCUAAUGCAACGAAAAUGGAAGGACUUAGCGGACUUUGUUACGCUGGAGUGUGACGGUAAAGACUUGACGCCCGUCUUGAGGGAACAUAAAGUUCAUGCUAUCGUCUUUUUAAACAUUCCAAGUUAUGGGGGCGGAACGCAUCCGUGGAAUAAAUCACUCGGCGCUUCUGAACCCUCUACUGAAGACGGCCUUAUAGAAGUUGUAGGACUAACCACAUAUCAAUUGCCGCUGCUGCAAGCCGGCGGCCACGGGACGUGUAUAACACAAUGCAAGAACGCCAAGAUUGUUACCACUAAGGUGAUCCCGAUGCAAGUUGACGGAGAGGCUUGCAGAUUGGCACCUUCGACAAUAACUCUCUCAAUCCUGAACCAGGCAAUCAUGCUCGCAAAGAAGAAGCCGGGACGUGUAUUGGCGCCCCUUGCCACAACGGACAAGCUCACGUUCGCGGUGAAUCUCAUAACAAUGGCGGACUACGAGCGUCACCACUGCGACAAGGAGUUGUUGGCUAAGACGGCUGAGCGUCUUGGCACUUUGGAAAUCAAUCCGGCUACUGAUCUCGAGCAAAUGCGGGCACUCAUUCAGAAUCUGAUCAAAGAGUCUCAAGCCCACUCCGGCAUCGUCGAUUGGUGGUUUGUCGAUUCCGUAACUGCGGAAAGAUUUUUCCGUAUCGACAAGGCUCAGGAGAACUUACACUACCCUAUGGAUAUUGGUCACGAGAACCUAUACAUACUAGAUGCGGCUCCGCUCACCCCAGACACGGAAACAACGGCUCAUCCAGAAACAACUGCUACUGCAUCCUUGGACAGAACCGGACCUUCGGUAUCCUUGGAGACUACAACAGGACUGUCAGUAUCACUGGAUAUAUCGCAGAGUGCAGACACGCCCAGCGCCGGUGUCUCACUCGAUGUACCUGAAACACACAGCAGUGAAUCUGCAGAGGAAGUACAAACACCCCAAACACCAACAUCGGCUGCGGCGACGGCCACACUAUCAUCGAGGUCAUCCAAGUUAUCCGUGCCCAAAGUGUCCAAAUCUCCCCAAGACUCAAACUCACCCCCCCUGUGUACCAGCCCUCCAGCCAAGGAAAGCGAAACUUCCAAUGAGUCUAUUGCUAAAUUCAAAACCAUACAUCGAAAGUUGUUUGGAUUUGAUCAAGAGGCAUUUGGAUUUGGAAAUUUAUUGGAGAAAACAUCCGACGCGCUUCUGAAAGCUGCCAAAGUCGGCGAUUUGAAAACGAUGAAAGAGUUGCACGCGGCGGGGUUUUCGUUACUGUCGAUUGACGCGACCGGCCAGACGGCUCUGCAUGUAGCAGCUCGAUACGGAAACAAAGAGAUCAUCAAAUAUUUGAUAGCGUGCGCGCCAACGGCCAUAUUGAAUAUGAGGGACAAUGAGAAGGGCCAAACGGCUUUGCAUAAGGCGGCCGCGAACAAAAGGCGGGCUAUAUGCUGCAUGCUGGUGGCGGGAGGGGCCUCCCUCACGCGCCAGGAUAGAGCCGGUCUGACUCCCCGGCAUCUGGCCUUGCGAGCGGAAGACCACGACCUUGCUGCAUACUUGGAGAGCCAGGAGCAUUUUCAAUUAGCUUCGGAGGAUUUGGAGACAGCGGUCUAAUAAUAUUGGAAAUGUAUUUUAAUUUAGAGACACAACCAAAACUGAUCUGAAUCAUUAUUAUUAGAUUCUAAUGUCAGCUGUGUCUAUGAAACAGAAUGACUUGCAUUGAAUGAGGCCAGUGGAGAAUUCCAGACUCAAAUUGUUUAUAUUUUAGAUUAUAUUUAAACACGCGUAAUGUUGGUGCCACUGUCUGAACUUCAGGAUGCCAGUACAAAUCGAUGAAUGAAAUCAAAGAGGAUGUAAAUACUACGAAAUAAGAGGCGCGACUGCCUAAGUAAAAGUUGAAAUUUAAUUUAGUAUGAAACGUGCAGUCAUUUGACAUAAGUUUGAAUUAGUUCAAAUAUAGCGAUGAACUAUAAUCCGGCUAAGUUUGAAAGCGAGGAGUUGCUUAAAACGUAGUGGAUUUCGGCUAUCUCCAUUUUUUACAAGAUUAUAGCCAUCAUCUGUCAAUCUGUCAACGACUGCACGUUUCAUUAUUUCGAGUGAAUUGCUUUUUUCUUUGAGAGUUUGGCUAGGUCGAAUGAAAUCAGUAAAAAGGAUUGUCAAAUGGAUUGAGACAUUGAAAUGGUUUACAAUAACAUUGCGUCUCUUGAUUGAAAAAAAAAAUCGAAUUCAUAAAACGAGUAGCUAUAAGGCAGAUUGGAUUAAGUUAUUAGUUGUCAAUAAUGUUAUUAAAUAAAAUGCUCUUUUCUUUUUAAAUAAUUCCCGUAUUUUAUGAUAAUAUUAUAUACCUUAAAUUUUAUAUAAAUUGUAUCGUUAGUAGUUUGAAUUACAUUAUAAUAACAGUGACACGUAAAAGUUAACUAGAGACUUCGUUCUGGUAACGUCAGCACGAUAUACUGACAACUAACGUAAUGGGGAAUUUACACUGGUCGAUUGCCGACGUGCGGCGUGAUGUUGCAUUUACACAGCCGCACCGCUGCACUAUUUACAACAUAAUCGGUGCUAAUGGCAUGUGAUUAGGUCAUUUUCUUCACAAAACUUUAGCAGAACUAGUGUCAGGUUAGAUUCAGCAGUGGGAGGCUCCCUUGCACCGGAUACCGGGUAGAUUAUGGGUACCACAACGGCACCUACUUCUGCCGUGAAGCAGUAAUGUGUAAGCAUUACUGUGUUUCGUUCUGAAGGGCGCCGUAGCUAGUGAAAUUACUGGGCAAAUGAGACUUGACAUCUUGUGUCUCAAGGUGACGAACCGCUCAGAAUUUUUGGGUUUUUCAAUAAUCUUGAGCGGUACUGCAUUGUAAUGGGCAAGACGUAUCAAUUACCGUCAGCUGAACGUCUUGCUCGUCUCGUCCCUUAUUUUCAUAAAUAAAGAUAGCUUAAUAACUUUAGUGCUUCGUUUUAAAGUGCCCAUCGCUCGUACAAUAUGGUUGCAUUGCUCGGGAUCAUAUGUACGAGAUAAGAUUUAAGUCGUAGGAUGAGUUUGCGUUACUAGUUUGUAUGAGAAAUGGGCAAUUUUUAGGACACCUCAUGGUUGAUUUUAGUCACAAUCCACAUGUCCAAUUUUUUUUUUAUGAAUAUGGGACGAGACUAGUCGGACGUUCAGCUACCAUCAGCUGACUGAUACGAAAGACCCAAAAAUUCUGAGCGGCACUACAACUGCGCUAUACAUCUAGAGACACAAGAUAUUAAAUCUCAUUUGCCCAGUAAUUUCACUAACUACGGCGCCCUUCAAACCUUCACAGUAGCUUACACAUUAUUGCUUCGCGCCAUAAAAAGGCGUUGUUGUGGUACCCAUAAUCUAGCCGGCACCCUGUGCAAAGGAGCCUCAUACAGGUAAAAAUGUUGAUCGAUAAUCACCCGUGUAAAUCCCUCAUAAAGCAAUAUGCGACGGUGGGAGCGAAUUCUGUUCAGUUAACUUUGGUAAUUAUAGUUAUACCCUUUUACUAUUGAAACUAUCGUUGAGCUUAUGAAUCUUAUGAUAUUAUAUUGUUAUUGUAACUAUAAUCUAUCUAACUCACAUAUCUUGCGACAAAACAAACUAACUAAUAAUUCAAAGAGAAAUUAGGUGUGUAACUAUUUAAAAGAGCUUUGCACCUCACUAAACCUUUUAUUUAUGUUAUGAGCAAUGGUUUGGAAUUAAUUAGUCUCUUAGUCGGAAAUCUUUUUGAAGAUUAUCUACCGAAACUUUAUCAAUCUGACAGAGAAAUAGCAUCAGCUUAGAAGGCUUGGAAGAGAUCGUACUAAAGUGGUACAUGUCAUUUUCAAUCUUUUUUGUAAGGACAUAUUUACUGCAUUCUAAGAACUUGUAAUUCAAAUAAAAAAUAUUAUAAUAUAAUUAAAUUUCAAAUUUUCAUUAGUUCCUUGUAUUUCAAAAAUAUAUAUAAAUGAGCUAGGUAUUAAUUAAAAGACUGUGUUACCUAAUAUAUAAUAACACAACACUAGGGAGAUUCUUAUUAUUUUAAAAUUGAUUAAAUUGCUAACUUAUUAUGUAAUUAAUAUAAAACGCAUUAGAUACAUUUACCAAUUUAAAAAAAGUAGAUAUAACAAAAUUUCUCAGUUCAACUUUAUAUAAGUAAGUAUUUAAAAUUAGAUUAGUUCGACACACGUAAUGACUUAUUAGUGAGAACAUUUAUGCAACGUAAUUAAAUUAUACUAUUAGAGUAUCUAAAUUAUCGUAAAUUUAAAAUAAUUAUCCUAAGUCAAAGGUUUUUUAAAUAUGCAUUGACAUAAUAAUAGAACACACUUAAAUAAUUUUAAUUCGCUUAUUUAAUAAAUUUUUAAUAUUAGACUUUAUCAUCAAUUAUACUCACUUAGAUGUGUAUUCAUUCAUCAACUGUUUUAAAUCUCAAAAAUAUAUUGAAAGAUAUUUUAGUAUAAUUCAUUUUAAAUAUUAUUAAUGGUUGUGUACGGUGUUAUGUGUAUGGGAUAUAAGCAAUGUAAUGAAAUUCUUAUUAUAGAGCAUGGACUAGUAAAGAGUUCAUAUUAAUCAAUUUAAUUGAGAACGAAAUUUCAAGUUAAAAUUAUUUUAGCUUUAUGUAAUUCGUGGAAGCAGUGCAGUUGUUUUAUUAUUUAUAUUUGAAUUGCGUUGAGUAUUUGUUGAUUUUGUUUAGUUAAUUGUAAAAUGAUCUCAAAUAUCCAGCUAACUGUCACCCAAGGGGCGACUAUAAUUAUUUGUGAAGGAACGCGGGCUUUAUUUAACUUAUCAGAAGGCAUUGGUAUUACAACAACGAGCAUAUAAUAGCAAAGAGGAUGUAAAUAACAAGUACGUAAUAAGUGGCGGGACUGCCUAAGUAAACACUGUAAUUUAGGUUUGUAUGAAACGUGCAGUGAUUUGACAUAAGUUUGAAAAAAUGUAUCGCGAUUGACGACAAAGUAUAAUCCGGCUAAGUUUGAAAGCGAACAAGCGCUUAAAACGUAGUGGAUUUUGUUUUUUACAAGAUUAUAGCCGUCAUCAGCCAAUCUAUCAAUGACUGCACGUUUCAUACAAUCGAGUGAUUCGCUUUUUUCUUAGAGAGUUUCGCUAGGCUUUAGAAUAGUUUUGUGUAACUAUCCAAGUAGUGUGUUCGCUACUCUAUGGAUGGGGUCUACUUUUAAUUACAGAUAGAGAAUGUACUAAGUACUCCCCUACGAGGUGAGGGCUAACUUUCAUUACGAAAUUUGUUUUUCUGAAACUUCCCAAUUUGAUUUUUCUUAUAAUCGCGUAAAUUGAUUUAAUUAAUAUUCUUCUUUAUGUUUUCAGAUUUGAGCUAAUAGCCUCGUUGCUCAUACUCUAAAUAUAAAAAAUAAUAAUGAUAAAUACUUAGUGCAGUAGUAGUCUCGUUGUCAACUGUUUUGACAUUUGACAGCGGCUGUCAGCCGGAUCUAUUUACACAUAGUGGGAUCGUGCGGAAUAACUUUCGGUUCUAGAAUUGCGAUUGUUCUACGGUGUACGCCUUCCCCUUAGUCCAUAUUGUAGAGAUAGACCUGCCUCUAUGUCUAUGAUCCCAAUGAAUGUAUUAUUACAUUCAUUGCUCAUACGACAGUCUCACAACAUCUUUGUUUGUCUCUAAUAAUUAACUAUGGUAUUUGCCAUUGCCGGUCAAUACCGGUAUCUGUUUCUUUGCGUUACAACAGUCAACAAUGCAAUGUAAAUACGCUCCUGGCGUCAAAACUCUUGUAUAGGUAAUUAGGUCGCGAAUGCGUUGCGUUAGGUAUUCCUUGUUGCGGACCACUCGACGUGUACUGUAUAAUUAUCUACAUAUUAUAAUUUCGCUAUAACUCAAAUACCUCUGUGAAUAUAGAAAUGUACUUUAAUAGUGUUAGUCUUACGAAUUUACUCUUAUUCGCUUAAAAGCGAUCAAUGAAAGACAAAGCUGUGAGAAUUUUGAUCUUUAAUGUAUAAAAUUGUAAGUUCUUUAAAAUGUAGGCUCGUACUUUGUGCAAUGAUUUUACUGUAUAUUAUGUUGUGAUUGUAUAGAAGUAGAUAUUGUUUAGAUUCGAAUCUCAAUAAUAAUUUUCUAGACUUAAUUUCUUUUUAUCUUAAUAUAUUCGUUGUCCUUCGAGACAUAAAUGUAUUUUAAUUACUUUCUGUUGACAUUUUAUCUCUUACUUGAGAAUAAGGAACUUUCCCGGCCUUAAACGAUUUAGAUACCUAUGUACCUACCUACCUAUUAUUAUAUCUAAGGUACCUAAUUAUUAUUACAUAAUUGCAUACUUUAGAUUAACUCUUAAUAUAGAUCUAUAUUUAUAAUCUAUUGUAAAUACUAUGAUUAUAUAUUUGAGGCCUUCAUUCACAUGUAACAUAAAUAUUUAAUAUAACUUUAUCGAAUUAGUCUAUUAGAGUCACGACCAAUUUCUAUUUUGAAAUGUUUAGUACCUAAGUACGUCUUUAAAUAUUACUUGAGCACUGUUCACCACUUUAACAUUAUUCUCACAGUUUGGCAUUAAGAAAUAAAGUAAGUUAAGACGGAUUGAUUGAUUUUUGUUGUUUUUUUAUUAAUUAAGAAAUUUCCUAGUCCAUUAGAUACAUAAUAGUUUGUUAAACUGUCACCGGCGGUUUGAAGUACAUAUUAUUUAUAUGAGACUUAAGCUGAAUUUAAUUCGAAUAUUAUUAUUUCUAUCUAGUAAUUUUACCUCAAUUACUAUAAAAUGUUGUUCAACCAUAUUAUAAAUAUAUCUGCGUAAUUCGUCAAAAUAAAGAUUGUAAAACUUGAA